AUGAAUAAAUCUACUAGUUCUCUUACUACAGAAGAGUUAAUUGCUUGGACUUUUAGUUAUCAUCUAGAAAACAAAGCUAGAGAAUUAGAAAAAAAGCUAUUAAUUACCAAAGAAGAAUUCAAAGUUGAAAGAGAAGAGGAAUUAGAAGCAGAAAUGGAAAGUUUGAAAAAACCAACUUCAUAG